AUGCUGCCGGCGCUGCUGUGGCUGCUGCUGGCCGCCCGUGCCGCCCGUGCCGCGCCGCCGCCGCCCGCACCUGCCGAGCCCGGCGCGCCGCCCGCCCGGCCCCCCGCCCCCGGGCCGCCCCGCGGGGCCGUGCGGCGCCUCGACCCGACCUACGCGGGGGGCGGCAGGGCGGGCUACGUGCUCUACGCCGGGGGACAGCGCUUCCUGCUCGACCUGGAGCGCGACGGGCCGCGCUGCCACUACCGCGGCACGGUGGACGGCAGCCCGCGCUCGCUCGCCGUCUUCAACCUCUGCGGCGGCCUCGACGGCUUCUUCGCCGUGGGCAGCUCCCGCUACACCGUGCGCCCGGCGCGCCGCGCUCCGCACGCUGAGGCCGCGGCGCGGAUCUACGGCGAGGGCCCGGCCCGCGCCCCCCACGUCUUCCGCAGGGAGAGCUUCAGCUUCGAGACGGUGCCGGCCCGCACCAGCUGCGAGACCCGGGACCCCGCCAGGCCGGCGGGCGGGGACGGGCGGCGGCGGCGGCGGCGGCGCUCCGUGUCCCGGGCCCGGCAGGUGGAGCUGCUGCUGGUGGCCGACGCCUCCAUGGUGCGCAAGUACGGCAAGGGGCUGCAGCACUACCUGCUCACGCUGGCCUCCAUCGCCUCCCGGCUCUACGCGCACGCCAGCCUGGAGAACCACGUGCGGCUGGCCGUGGUGAAGGUGGUGGCGCUGGGCGACAAGGAGAAGGGGCUGGAGGUCACCAGGAACGCCGCCACCACGCUCAAGAACUUCUGCAAGUGGCAGCACCAGCACAACCGCCUCGACGACGACCACGAGGAGCACUACGACGCCGCCAUCCUCUUCACCCGCGAGGAUUUAUGUGGGCAUCAUUCCUGUGAUACCCUGGGAAUGGCAGACGUUGGGACCAUCUGCUCCCCCGAGCGCAGCUGCGCGGUGAUUGAGGACGACGGCCUCCACGCAGCCUUUACGGUGGCUCACGAAAUCGGGCACUUGCUUGGGCUUUCCCAUGAUGACUCCAAGUUCUGUGAGGAGAACUUUGGCUCCAUGGAGGACAAGCGCCUGAUGUCCUCCAUUCUGACCAGCAUUGAUGCCUCAAAACCCUGGUCCAAGUGCACUUCAGCAACUAUCACAGAGUUCUUUGAUGAUGGCCAUGGGAACUGCCUGCUGGACCAGCCCAGGAAGCACAUCGUGGGCCCCGAGGAGCUGCCGGGGCAGACGUACGACGCCAUCCGGCAGUGCAAGCUGGCGUUCGGCGCCGAGUACACCGUGUGCCCCGGCAUGGACGUGUGCUCGCGCCUCUGGUGCGCCGUGGUGCGCCAGGGACAGAUGGUCUGCCUCACCAAGAAGCUGCCCGCCGUCGAGGGAACGCCCUGUGGCAAGGGGAGGAUCUGCCUCCAAGGGAAGUGCGUGGACAAAACCAAGAAGAAGUACUACUCGGCCUCAAGCCAUGGCAACUGGGGAUCCUGGGGCCCCUGGGGCCAGUGCUCCCGUACCUGUGGGGGAGGAGUGCAGUUUGCCUACCGGCACUGCAACAACCCAGCCCCCAGGAACAACGGCAGGUACUGCACGGGCAAGCGGGCCAUCUACCGCUCCUGCAACGUCACGCCCUGUCCUGCCAAUGCUAAAUCCUUCCGACAAGAGCAGUGUGAAGCAAGAAAUGGCUAUCAGUCUGAUGCAAAGGGGGUCAAGACUUUUGUGGAAUGGGUCCCCAAGUAUGCUGGAGUACUGCCUGGAGAUGUCUGCAAGCUCACCUGCCGAGCCAAAGGAACCGGUUAUUAUGUGGUAUUUUCUCAGAAGGUCACCGAUGGCACCGAGUGUCGGCCCUACAGCAACUCGGUCUGCGUGCGAGGGAAGUGCGUCCGAACGGGCUGCGACGGCAUCAUCGGCUCCAAGCUCCAGUAUGACAAGUGUGGGGUGUGUGGAGGGGACAACUCCAGCUGCACAAAAGUCAUGGGAACCUUCACCAAAAAGAGCAAAGGCUACACGGACGUGGUGAAGAUCCCUGAAGGAGCGACCCACAUCAAGGUGCGGCAGUUCAAGAGCAAGGAGCAGAGCAGGUUCACGGCCUACCUGGCGCUGAAGAAGAAGAACGGGGAGUACCUGGUCAAUGGCAAGUACAUGAUCUCCACCUCGGAAACCAUCAUCGACAUCAACGGCACCGUCAUGAACUACAGCGGCUGGAGCCACAAGGACGACUUCCUGCACGCCAUGGGCCACUCGGCCACCAAGGAGAUCCUGAUCGUGCAGAUCCUGGCCACCGACCCCACGCAGCCCGUGGACGUGCGCUACAGCUUCUUCGUGCCAAAGAAGCAGGCCCAGCUGCCAAACUCCGUGCCCGGCGGCGGCGGCAAAGCGCCGGUGCCGGCGGCGCAGCCCCGCUGGGUGACGGGGCCCUGGCUCUCCUGCUCUCGAACGUGCGACACGGGCUGGCACACCAGGACUGUGCAGUGCAAGGAUGGGCACGGGAAACUGGCCAAGGGAUGUCUGCUCUCCCAGAGACCCUCAGCCUUCAAACAGUGCUUGCUGAAAAAGUGCUAACCUGUACCUGUGGUGCUGCUGAGCUGCUCUCCAGGAGGUUUGAGUAAGCCGCUGUUGGCGUGCUGGUGUCAGGUCUGCCCACACAGACAGGAGCAAAGGCUUCAAAGUACUUGUGUUCAGUCUCUAGUUAUGGGCAGAAUCUGCCUGUUUGGACCAAAUGAAGAUGUGCACUGCUUUAAAUAAUGGUAGGGUGGUCUAAAUACGUCAAAGAAAGUAAGGUUAAAGUUGUUAUAAGCCCUCUGUGUCUGCAAAAACGUAAAAUAAAAUAAUGCAAAAGAAGAAAAACUAGUGAAUGGAGGAUCCUGGGAUAUUUGAAGGUUACAGAAUCAUCUCCCCUUUUUUCACCUACCUCUACUACAGUAUGUCCUUAGGAAACGUCACAUGUCCCCAUGAUCCCACAGUAGCUUAUUUUAUACUGUUUUGUAAAUAAUUUUCAGUUGGUAUAUCACUUUAUAUCACUUCCUUCUAUUAAAGAAAUCAAAAGACAAACUACAUAAGCAAAAUGAUUGACCAAAGUAUAUCUGCAGCCCUUGUGGACUUGGUCCAUCCUUCAGAAGGGGCCACAGAUGUUUUACUGGAAAAUGAAGAGCUUGCUGCUGGUUUUAAAAAGUGAUACCUUUUGGUUUUGACAAAAGGAAAUACGUUUUCACGGUAGGAAUUUCCUGACAGUAUAUCAUUCAUGUCUGACAAACCCUGUGUUCCCACCCCAAAAUUCUCAGGAGGAGCCUUGCAGCUGCUUGCAGAGCAGGGAACCCCCAUUGCUCCAGCAGCAGGAGCAUCAGCAGCUCCUCCUCGAGUGUGUGUCAGGCGUGCAGCAGAGGAGGAGCUGGCUGCAGGAGGCGUUUGUGUAUGUACUCUGUGCUUGUAAAACUCCCUGGUUCCAGCUGUGUCACAGCCUGGCUCCUCGUUGUCACUGAGCAAGAGCUGCUCGAGCUGCUCCUCUCCAUCAAGCAAAGGCAUACUGUGCUUUGCAGAAAACUAGUUAGAGAACCCAAACUUACAGGUGAGGUAAUCAAGUGUCUUCUAACUCAGAUAUUCUGAGGCUGUGUUCAGCUGCUUUCUCUGGUAUUUUCUCUAUGGCUUCUGCCUUGAAUUUAACAAUGUGUAAUGUACCUACAUCUUUUCAAGAGGCUCUCAAGGUCAAAAAAAACACAGCAAGCAGUUAAUAUUUUAUCACUGUUUUGUCCAUUGUGUCUAACUCUGGUAUUCAUCUUACCAGCAAAAGUUUGUAACUAUUUGUCUUUUUUUUUUUUUUAUUGUUUUGUGUGUGUUUGGGGUUUUUUAAAGCUAUAGAAGGCAUUUAUGUUUUGUAUAUCUACAUUUAAGAGGAAGAGGGGUCACUAGGAAGUCAAACCACAUCAGGAUGUGGAGGACUUGUCCAAUAUCAAUAAGACUGUUUCCACAGCACAGGCAGUAGCUGGUGACAGUUUUCCUUGGCAGCAAUUCCUGAAUCCUGUUAUUGUCUUGUGGAAGUUCUGUCACUGAGGCUGGGCAUUUCACCUUGUGCAGGUGGAGGCCUGAGAGCAACCUUGGUAAAAUUACUCUCUAAUAUCAGCAGGCUUUGAGUUAGACCAUAAGAUAACAGGUACCAAAAUAAAUGGUAAAAAAACCGCUGAUGAACGUAGAACCCCACCUUUUACUCCUUUGUUCAUCCACACAGGAGAGCAGCAGACUGCAGGAGGAUUUUCAGACAAGCCUCAGCUGUAAGUCAGUGGUACUUGAGCACUGAAACACCUCAGGCUCUUCUGAAAAUCCCAGGCAUGAAAUCAGCAGGGAAAACUCACUGCAGUGUGGAGCAAGAAGGGCAGGUCUGACUCCAGGCUGACACAAACAUGUUUUUGCAACUGUGGCAUGUUUGUGUGAACUCUAAAAAAUCAUGUGAUGAUUUCAAAACAGCAUAGAGUUGCUACAUCUACAACUGUGAAAUCUGGAGAAGGAUCUGGUUUUUUACCCUGUUUUAAAUAAACAGUACCAAGGGCAGGGCCUCCUCCUCUGUUAAAUGGAUUGCCAACAAAUGUUAUUAAUCAGCUUUCAGAAAUGGUGUGGCCUUCUGUUCAGAAGUAGAUCCUGUGCAAAACGAUGCAUCUUGAUGAAUACUCCCCAUUUAUUCUUGAUCCCAAUCUAAGAACUGAGAUCAAGGCUCGGAUGAUUUGCAGAGUGUUAAAAACUAAACAUGUAUGCCUCCUCUGCCUGUUAAAAUAAGAUCACUUUGAAAUGCCUUUUUUUUCCUUCUAAGCAAUCUAAUUUUGAUGCUUAUAUAUGUAUUACACAUGUUGUAGAACCUCUCCAAAAAGUCCAUAACAAAUAGAAACCAUCAUGAGAGGAAAAAGAUCAGGAGAUUGAAUGUGUCUCAGCAUAGACAACAUUUGUCUCAGCAUACAGCUGCUGCAUUAAGUGGUGUUUGUGUUCUGUCAUAAUAGAGACAGAAUGUGCAAGUAUUUGUGUUUGCAUCAUGGUAAUAAUUUAUUAUAUAUUCAGCAGGCUGAGUAAAGCUUUUGGAUGCUCUCUAGGCAUGCCAUAUGUGGGUGUGAAUUCAGAGCAUCCUUAGAUCAGGAGUAUCUUUUAAAAAUGAAAGAGUUUAUUUAGAAAUAAAUAUGAGAACAAACCACUGCAGUGAUUUUCACCAGUGUGGCAAUGAAACAAGUUCACACAAGCAAAGAUGUGAGGAGGCAAAGGGGACAGACCAAGGCAGGACCUGAAAAAUGUAAGAUAAAGGGGAAGCCAACACUUGCUUUUUCAGGUGCUCCUAAAUCAGAGUCCAGUUCCAAACCUCGCCUGUGGCAGUCAUGGCUGUCCCGUGUACCUGACGGAUGAGGAAUUGGUGCAAGGUCUGUUCUCAGCUGAAUCCUGUGUCACUCACACUGUGACAUCAUUGUUUACAUUUCUGCCCAGUGUUGCACAGCUGGAUUCAGAAAAUGCACCGAGGGGAUGGAAACCUGGAAUUCUGCUCUUGGCACAGCCAGGAACCAUCUCAGUGUUCAAUUCUCUCUGACUUUGGGACACACUUCCAGUGUCCAUAGGUGAAUUUGGACCCCUGAGCAUCAGUGGGGUUUUCAGCAUCUGCUUUUCAGGUAGGAUAUUCUCAUUAGGAAAAAGCCUGGCAUCUUUGGUUUGACUGUGUACAAGAAAUUAAGUUUAGCUGCCCUCCUGUGGAAACAGUUUUAUCACAAGGGGAAGAGGGAAUAAUCUUGUGGAUUAAUAACAACUGUUUAAAAAAAAAAAGCAACACAGCACUGAAAAAAAUAAAAUAAUUUAUUGUUUUUACAACUGGUAUGUGAAUGGAUGUAAUGAAUUUAUUUAUUCUUAUUUAACAGAGUACCAAUUGUGCAAAUUCUAUAUUUAAAAUGUUUUGCUAUCAUCUCUGUCUCUCUUUCUGGCUCUCUUUUAAUUUAUGCUUCGGGUUUGUGUUGAAAGUACACCUUGUGAGUUUACAUAAUAUAUGGCACUGGUCAUUUUUUUGUAUGAUUUUAUUUAGAAGACUUUCUGCAUGGAACAGGAGUAUACGUGUAUACACACAUGUGUAGAUGUAUAUUCUUUUUGCUGCCACCUUUUCCUUCAAGAAGUUGUAGCUUUUUAAUUCCAUGACACCUCGUGCUCCAAGCUCCUUGUUACACUUUAAAAAGCUCCCAACAAGCAAGUCCCAAAGGUCUGCAGACCAAAAAAGCCCUGAGUGGCUCCUGAAGAGUUCACAAAACAGAUUGGUGUCUCAAAGGCACGAGCAGGUCGUGCUGGAGGCCUCAGUGAUUGACCCCCAAAGCUGAUCCUACCCCUUGCUUUAAUUGUAGCAGAAUUUCAGUAACUGGGAGUUGUCUCCAUGGGAGUGAAGUUCCUCUGAGUUGCCAGCACUUUUCACUCAUGCAGCUUCUUAGGUUUAAUUGACAACACUAAAGAGAAAACUCCUGGGUGUCUCUAUAAAAUAGCUUGACAAACAUAUGGUUUAUGAGGACUGAACCAUUAAAAAAGCUGUUUUUUCUAUGUUAUCACUGUUUAUAUACAUAUAUAAAUAUGUAUAUACGGGGCUAUAAAAAGUCAAAAGCCCAAAUUGGAAGGCUUUGCAAUGUUUUAUUUAAUUGUGUUUCAGCUCUUUGCACCACAUCAGGCAAAAUUAGAUUUUAAAAAACCAGCAAAGCAUGUUUCCAUGAGAAUAAUACCUGUUUUUCUUCCAGUUCAGCUAGUGCAAACCUCAAGGGAACUAGAAUUGUGUGCAGUGUGAGGGGAAGAAUGUGAUGUGGACAAACCUCCAGCUUUUCUGCAGUAAGUUCAUUGACCAACACAAAUGACUCUGCAAGGGCAGUACCACAGCCUGCACAUAAACACUUCCACACUGCUGGAAGUCACCUUGCUCCGGUGUUCUCCUGAAUUAAAUUCCAGUUCAGCCUCUCUUCUGCCACCCAGGCACUGCCCAAGGCCAGUCAGCCUCGAGGCUUUGGAGGAAUUAGGGAAGGCCCAAUCCAAAACACAAGCCUGGGCUUUGAUUAUUUUAAGGGCAGGCUUUGAACAGGGUUUAUCAUUAAUUGUGGGCUUUCAGCAGUAAGUUCAGGUGAAUGUUUCUCCUCACGCCAUGCUGUUGUCACUGAGGAAGUGGAGCCUAUAGCAAGAGGCAAAAUUGGAUUCUCUGGGCAUAGGCUGGAAUUUUCAGGAAAAAAGAAAGUUACAUGGUUUGGAGGAUUUUUGCCCUAUUUUUCAUGAAGUCAUUUGAUUUUUAUAGAGCUGCCAGAGUGCCUCACUGUAUUCAUACUUACCACAUUCAACAUUUUCAAGGGCUUUUUUCCUAUGGGUGCCCUUAUAUUAACUUAUGUAGUUAAUAUAUAGUUCAAUUACAUAGUUCAAUUCUUGUAUCAAACAGCAUUGCAAAUGCAGAUACUUCUGGUUCAUUACAUGCACCAGAAAUGUCUUUUAAUGCAAGAGAGAUAAUUGGGUCCUCAGCUGGCACCCCAAAAGGGGCUUUGGGGCUUAGAAGGUUUAACCACAAGCACAAGUUUUCAGUGAUAAAGUUUGAAAAGCCCUAAACACAGGUGAGUGGUGUAAGAGCUCCUCCCCACACCACACCAAACAUCCCAACACCAUCCCACUGCUCUGCACUCUGUGAGUCACAGGACAAAACUCACAGCAUCUUUUGCUGUGGAAGUUGUGUGUGGAGCUUAGAGUCAGUGUAAGGACAGUAAAAUUCUCUCCACAAACACCAGUCUGGCACAGAUCGUGUUCAGACACCCGUGGCUAAGUGCAGGUGCAUAUUCUGUGUGUGUGCUUGUCUGUGUGAGUACUUGGGUUUCCAUAACUCCCACUCCCAGGGGGAAAAAAGUUACACUGGGUUUAGUAAUGCCUACAUAAAUUUAGAGUUACUUCAUGGCAUCAUUUGGCUUUGCUAGAGGUGCUUCAGACUUACACCACUGUGACAGCAUAGUUUUUUCUUUAUUUAUAGUAGCUGGUUUACACAAUUUAUCAUGUGAACUGUGAAAUCUGCAAAUAGGUUAUCUUAUGAAAUAUAGUGACAGGCAUACAGGCAUUGUUAAAAUCCCAUCAGAUACAGGAAAUAUGCUGAAUUAAGUAAGUUGGAGACAGGGUAUAAUUCUGUAGAGCAAUAAAUUUAACUUCUAUUGCCAGGUCAUCUGCUUAGCAUCAGAUAAGAGAAAAUUAACAAGGUAUUGCAGGCAAGACUAAGGGGAAAGCACAAAGUUUGGGUUUGCUUAGGUUGCUUCAUGUGCCUCUUUGUGCAGUGUCGGUGUCAGCAUAUUGUGGGAAGUCACUUUGUCACCUGGCUGAAAUACCAGUACCCUUUCAGAAACCAACACGUGUUACAAAACUUAUUUUACAUCCUAGUCUGUGUCUAAUCAGAGGGAGUUAAUAUUUUUAGAGCACCACUAUGUCAGCCAGUUUACAACAUAAAAAUAUGUUACACAAACUAUAAAUUCCUUUGAACUGAACUGUGCAAGGUCUACACUGUACAAUGACACACAGAAGGCCAAUAUUUUGUUUUGUAAACUAUUACAUAUGUAUAAUUUACCAGUUGUAAUCUUAAAACACUUG